AUGCUAAAAUUACAUACUUUACUGGAAAAUUGUCAAAAUUUUGAAGCUCUCAAAUUAUGUGAUGACGCAGCAGAGGAUAGUGAUAACGAAAAUGAAGAAGUCUUGAAUGAAGAUGACAUCAACGAUGGAUCUGAUGAAGCGGAAGUCGAAGUAGAUAAUGACGAUCCUGAUGACCAGACAGUCCAAUCACUGGAAAAUAUUUUCGCCGAUGAAAAAAGCAGCAAAAUAGUAAAUAUCCGGUGUGCUGCUCAUACUUUGCAGUUGGCCAUUGACGAUGGCAUAAAAAUGAGCAAGAUACGGAAGGAUUCGGUCAUGAACCAGAUGAAAAAACUAUUUCCCACUAUUUCGAAACCAGUGUUAGAUGUAGUAACAAGGUGGCAUUCCACGCAUGACAUGCUAGCUUCCUUGGUAAAUUUCAAGGAUUUCCCUACAGAGAUAAAAUAUUUAAGUGGAAAAGAUUGGGAAAAUAUCAAUAUUUACGUGGAAGUUUUAAAAUCAGCAAAAAUGGCCAUAAAAACGUUCCAAAAUGAGCAACUUAUCAUGCCCGAAUUUUUUUCUACUUGGCUAUUGUGCAAAGAGCAGAUUCAAAAAAUUGAUAACGUAUUUGCAAAGAAUAUUGUUGAUUGCAUGACGAAUAGAGAAAAGAAAUUAUUACAAAAUGAAGCUCUAUUAGGAAGUAUUUUCUUAGAUCCACUGUUGAACUGUUUGUUAGAAGAAGAUCAGAAGACUUCAGCUAUCAAUCAUCUAGAAGAAGUGUGGAUAAAACUUCAAAAAAUAAACUCAUCUACAAUAGAAGCAGAACGAAAAGAUCACUGUAUGGACAUUGAUGAAGAUAAUUCAAGUGAAAAAAUAGGAAUAGAUGAAAAAAAUAAAUUCGUUCACCCCAAAUUAUAUCAAAUUGCAAUAAUUGUAUUGGCAACACCAGCAACACAAGUCAGUGUCAAAAGAUUAUUUUCCGGAUUAAAAUAUAUAUUUUCAGAUUUGAGAGGAAAACUGAAUACCAACAUAUUGAAUGCAAA